AGCUCCGGGCUUCUCAGGGGGAAACGCUCGCCUCGCCGGUCCUCAUCCGUGUUAAGUACCGUCCGUCCGGGACACCACGAAGAUGGCACCAGUCGGGGGCAAAAAGGCCAAAAAGGGCAUCCUAGAACGGUUAAACUCUGGAGAGGUCAUGAUUGGAGAUGGAGGUUUUGUCUUUGCACUGGAGAAGAGGGGCUAUGUGAAGGCAGGACCUUGGACCCCAGAAGCUGCUGUGGAACACCCAGAAGCAGUUCGCCAGCUUCAUCGAGAAUUCCUCAGAGCUGGAUCGAAUGUCAUGCAGACCUUCACCUUCUACGCCAGUGAAGACAAGCUGGAGAACAGGGGAAACUAUGUUGCAGAGAAAAUAUCCGGGCAGAAAGUCAAUGAAGCUGCUUGUGAUAUUGCCCGGCAAGUAGCUGAUGAGGGAGACGCCUUGGUGGCAGGAGGCGUAAGCCAGACACCUUCGUACCUUAGCUGCAAGAGGGAAACUGAAGUCAAAAAAGUCUUCCAGCAACAGUUAGAGGUCUUCAUGAAGAAGAACGUGGACUUUUUGAUCGCAGAGUAUUUUGAACACGUUGAAGAGGCUGUAUGGGCAGUUGAAGCCUUGAAAGCAUCUGGAAAACCAGUGGCAGCGACCAUGUGCAUCGGCCCAGAGGGAGAUUUACACGGUGUGGCCCCUGGCGAAUGUGCCGUGCGCCUGGUGAAAGCAGGAGCUUCCAUCGUUGGCGUGAACUGCCAUUUUGAUCUCACAACUAGCUUACAAACAGUGAAGCUCAUGAAAGAAGGCCUGGAGGCCGCGGGACUGAAAGCCCACCUGAUGAGUCAGCCCUUGGCCUACCACACUCCCGACUGUGGCAAACAGGGAUUUAUCGACCUGCCAGAAUUCCCCUUCGGACUGGAGCCCAGAGUGGCAACCAGAUGGGAUAUUCAAAAAUACGCCAGAGAGGCCUACAACCUGGGGGUCAGGUACAUAGGUGGGUGCUGUGGAUUUGAGCCCUACCACAUCAGGGCGAUUGCAGAGGAGCUGGCCCCGGAAAGGGGAUUUUUGCCACCAGCUUCAGAAAAACAUGGCAGCUGGGGAAGUGGUUUGGACAUGCACACCAAACCCUGGAUCAGAGCAAGGGCCAGGAAGGAAUACUGGGAGAAUCUUCGGAUAGCCUCAGGCAGGCCGUACAACCCUUCUAUGUCAAAGCCGGAUGCCUGGGGAGUGACCAAAGGAACAGCCGAGCUUAUGCAGCAGAAAGAAGCCACGACCGAGCAGCAGCUGAGAGAGCUCUUUGAAAAACAGAAGUUCAGAUCUGCAUAA